GGAGACUCGGCGACCUCACCCCUCACCGUCCGCAUGUUCGAGGAGCCGGACUGGGCCGAGGAGGCCCCAAUAGCUGCGUGCCUCCAGCCUGUAGCGUCACGGUUUCGGCCAGCGGCAGCCUCGCAAAUCAAGGGCUCCAAGCACCGCCAGCUCUUGGCCACACUACGGGUCCUGGAGGCAGCAUCUCUUUCCCACCAACCUCCUAACUUGCCUGGCAGUGACUCUGAGGAGGAGGAGGUGGUGGAAAGGAAGAAGAAAUGCCCCAAAAAGGCUUCAUUUGCCAAUGUUUUUACUGAAAUAGAGGAGAAAAGGAAGAAGCAGCAGCAAAAACAGCACCUACCUGACAGUGACUCUGAGAAAAAGGAAGUAGAAAAGAAGAAGUGUCGUAAAGGGGCUCUUCGUGGCAGUGACUCUGCUGCAGAAGAGAAAAGAAAGGGGAGAUGCCAGAAACAGGCCCCUUCAAACCCAGCCCAGCACCUGGACAGUGUUGACCAAACAGGUAGUCUCCAAGCUUGGGAGAGUAGUGCCACAGAUGACCCACCCAAGCCAAGCUCUGAGACCACUUCUCCCCAACCCUCCCGGACCUUGAGUCGCAAGCAGUGGCGGAACCGACAGAAGAACAAACGUAGACACAAGAACAAGUUUCGGCCACCUCAGCCACUAGACUCAGCUCUAGCCACAGCCCCCACAGAGGAGACAGAGGUGCCUCCUGCUCCCAUUCAAGAUAGCCAAGAGACUCGGGCAGGAGCUUUGCGAGCCCGCAUGGCACAGCGGCUGGAUGGUGCUCGAUUUCGUUACCUCAAUGAACAGCUGUACUCAGGGCCCAGCAGUGCUGCACAACGCCUCUUCCAGGAAGACCCUGAGGCCUUUCUCCUUUACCACCGUGGCUUCCAGAGCCAAGUCCAGAAGUGGCCACUACAGCCAGUGGACCGCAUCGCCAGGGAUCUUCGCCAGCGGCCUGCAUCUCUGGUGGUAGCUGACUUUGGCUGUGGGGACUGCCGCCUGGCUUCAAGUAUCCGGAACACUGUACACUGCUUUGACUUGGCUUCUCUGGACCCCAAGGUCACGGUGUGUGACAUGGCCCAGGUGCCUCUGGAGGAUGAGUCUGUAGAUGUGGCUGUGUUCUGUCUUUCACUGAUGGGAACCAACAUCAGGGACUUCCUAGAGGAGGCAAAUCGAGUGCUGAAGACAGGUGGUCUCCUAAAAGUGGCUGAAGUUAGCAGCCGCUUUGAAGAUGUCCGGACCUUUCUGGGAGCUGUGACCAAACUGGGCUUCAAGGUCAUCUCCAAGGAUGACCUUGAAGCACAUGUUUUGAAGGUGAUGGAGUAAAAACAGAAGUCUGGAUCCCUGAGUCACUGCUUGGGAGGAAAGCUGCUUGACUAAGAACAUCCAGAUUGAACUUUGAACAAGAAAUAAACCUCCAUUGCAGUAAGCUAGUGUGUUUGGGGAGAUUUAGGGCAGUUAGCAUUAUGUAUCCUGGCUAAUAUAUCUCCUCUGGGCAUCCUAUCCACCUUACCUUACUCUUGAUCACAAAAGGCUUUUUGUUUCAUUCUGGUGCUUCAAACAUUUAAUUAUCUUACCAGAUGCUGGUCAAUACUACCUGUCCCAUGAAUUUUAAUCUUAGUGGGGGGGUGUGAUGCUCACAUCAGGAAGUUGAGAUGCUUAUUUUACAAGUUAUGUUUUGAUUAUGACAAAAAAUCCCAGUAAUGAAUGAAAAAACCUGAGGGUAGGUGGCUAUGGGCAUUGAUUUGGGAAAUCAAGGAUUUAGCAAUUAGGUCUGUCAUUCUCUUGGUCUCCUGAUUCUCUUAUUCACAAGGUGAUGUGUUCUUGGUUAAGCAGGGACACCCAAUGUACUAUUUACUAUACACGUCUUGAGAGUCUCACUGAUUGCCCGAGUCUUUAUGCUCUUCAUGGGUCCUUCUACAUUGUUAAUACAGUGGUGUAGAUAUGUUCUAUUGUUCCGUAUAACAUAGCUGAAACCAAUCUAAAAUAUUAACAUUUGAAAUAUAUUUAAUUCUCUCCCUCACCGCUCCUCAUAUCUUAGCAGCCUGUCAGUAACUCAUUCAGUUCAGUAUAUGUUUAUAUAGAACUCCAAAAAUCAACAGCAACAAAAUAGAAGCCAACAGAAAAAAUGGGCAGGAGAUUGGAAUUGGCACUUUAUAGAAGAGGAUUUUUAAAUAGCCAACAGACACAUGGAAAGGUCAGUCCCAUUUGUAAUCAGAGAAAUUCAAAGUAACACCAAAUGACAUGACAUUACAUAUAUACUGGAACUGCGGGGGAAAUGCCACCAGAUAGCAAAGAUGUGGAGUAAAAUGAAUUCUCGUGUGGAUUACAUGAAAAUUCUCAUAAUCCCUGGUGAGGGAGAAUAGACUGAAAAUUUUGGAAACAGACUGGCAUUAUCAACUAAAGUUAAGGGUAUACAUACUUUGUAAGCAGACAGUUCUACCCCUGGUUGUAUUUCCAACAGAAAUGUGUGCACUUGCACAAGAGGCAUUUGCAAGAUUGUUCACAGCAGCACUAUUGGUAGGAACCGCAAACUGAUCACUAGGCAGUUCACAAACUAUUUGAACACACCCCUCCCCCAAAUGCCCACUAUAACACCAACAGAUCUUCACAACAUAAAAUGAAAACUUACACAUAUCCAUAAUAAUCAGGUUUCAACCAAAAUGAUCAAACAGAGGAAAUGAUAAUCCUGUAAUAAUCAUAAAAUUAUAAACUAGCCCUGGCUGGCGUAGCUUAGUGGAUUGAGCGCGGGCUGGGAACCAAAGUGUCCCAGGUUCGAUUCCCAGCCAGGGUACAUUCCUGGGUUGCAGGCCAU